AUGGCGGAAGCGACUCACGCCCUCAGGGACCCUUGGUUUCUCAGCUACAUCCCUCAGCUUACUCCAGACACAGUAAGGUUUGAUUUCAAAGGGGACUGGAACAGAGCCAAACUGGCGCUCCAGCAGCCACUUGACUAUAUUCGUACCGUGGAGGAGCUCUGGUCGACCAUCAACUCUUUACCAAAGUUGCAUCAACUGGGAAACGGUAGCACGUUUAUCUUUGCUCGUAAUAACGUUGAUGCAAGCUACGAAGCGUUCCCAAAUGGCACACGAGUUCUCGUAGAUCUUUACAAGGCAUCCGUUGCGGAAAAGGGCGUGGAUGUUAUUCUGAGCAGCGUUCUAGGGGAAGGACUGACUGAAGACGUCUGCAACGGCAAAACGGUGUGUGACGUGCUGCGGGUUUCUUCACGUCCUAAUCAAGAGUCCCCGGAGCUGGUGCGUUUAGAGGUCUGGCUCAGUGACCAGUCGUAUGCCAAGGAUGUAGCACCGUAUAUUAGAAAAGGGCUGAUUGAAGCUGGUUUGAGUUCCACUGAGUUUAUUAUGGGUGAGUCAACCUUUGAGAAGGAUAAGAAGAAGCACUCAGUGCUCGGUGCAAAAAGUUAA